AUGAUGUCAAUUCAGGACUGCAAAAAGCUGAAACAUCAAGCGGCUGGACACGAUGGCCCAUUAACAGACCAAGAUGAGAUGCUUCUUUUCAAGCCUUCCAACAACCAAGAGAUAGAGUUUUACGAGAAAUUAAGUACUAGAGUACCGUCAAAUGUGGAUAGCAAUGACGUACCAUUUCACUACUGGACUCCAGCAUUCUUAGGUGUUUUGCGGGAGGACAAAAGCCAAACGGCAAUAAAUGACAGAGAACAGUUGAAUUUCAUCACUGAGAAAUCCAAGCCCAUCACUCUAUCUAAACUACCGAAUAUAAACACUGAAAAGACAUAUUUGGUUUUGGAAAAUUUAUUAUAUGGCUAUGUACGGCCCAAUAUCCUGGAUAUCAAAUUAGGCCGCAUUCUGUGGGACGAAUCCGCUAGCGAGGAGAAAAGAAUCAGAUUAAAAGAGGUUAGUAGAACGACCACAUCGGGAUCAUUGGGCUUUAGAAUAUGUGGUAUGAAAAUGUGUCAGAAUUCACUCAUUAAUCGUAUGCUUGAUCCAAAAUAUUAUGCUUCAGAUGACGAUGAAUAUAUUCUCGUAAAUAAAUUCUACGGCAGAGAAUUGACCCAGUCGAAUGUAACGGAUGCGUUCGAUGUUUUCUUUGGAGAUGACAAGCUUUCAAGUGAACGAAGGGCGUCUCUAAUUGAUACUUUCCUAAAGAGAUUACAAUUGUUUUAUAACACUUUGCUUAACGAAGAAGUUCGUAUGAUAUCAAGUAGCCUCCUUUUCAUUUAUGAAUGCGAUCCAUCACGUUGGGACAUACUAGAAAAUGAUCACGAGCUUCUACCUUCGCACCUCGGAUAUGAAGACGAAGAAAAUGAAGAUGAUGAAAGUGAUGAAGAGAAUAGGAGCGAUAAAUAUGACACUUAUCCACAAAAACCUAAAACACUCAGUAAUAUGGCCCUUAUAGACUUUGCUCACAGUAAAUUUACACCGGGCUCAGGCAUAGACGACAACACCAUCGAAGGUGUGGAAAAUCUAAUCAGUAUUUUUGAAAAAUUGAAAACUAAAUAUACAGUUUAG